AUGGGCAUACCCUACUCCCGCCAAAUCAACGCCGCCUUCGAACAAGUCACCCCCCUCGUCGCCGCCGGCUUCACCGUCCUCCGCACCACACGCGACAUAUCCAUCUUACUCGCCAUCAUCCAAGUGCUAACCGUGCUGCUACUAGCGCUGAUACUAGGCGUGCUAGUUUUGAUUGUAUAUUGUGUGAAUCCGGAUUUGGAGGAAGAACGACAACGCAUCAUAACGCCGUGGUUGCGCUACGUGGCGCGGAUUAGUAUUUGGGGGGUUGCGAAAUUCGUGGUUGGGAUUGCGGUCAUGGGGAGUGUAGCGAGUGCGGCGGUGUGGAAGGGGAUUGUGGCGAAGCAGUGGGUGGAGGAUGUCGAGUAUGAAGGGAAUGUACGGGCGGAGAUGGCGUUGGAGGAGUUGGGUGAG